UUAUCGAGUGACCGAUAACUGGAGAUACAAUUUGUACACAUCCCACCCCAAACCAAGCCGGAAAAAACCAAAACAUCCUUGAAAAUGCGGCGCCGCGAGCUGCAGACCAUCCAGAUGAAGCUGUCCGAUCUCAAGGAGUACGAGCAGGCCAAGAUGGAGCGCCUGAGGAGCCGCCAGCAGCUGCUGACUCCCAGGACGCCUACGCCCCCGUCCGACAGCGAGGUGCUGCCGGCGACAUCUAGCAGCGUACCGGCUGUUCUGCUGGCCAGCGCCAAGAAACAGGACGAUGACCCCUCCAAGUCGGAGCCCACAACUAAGCCCAGCACAUCCUCCACAUAGGACUAGGAUCAAGUUCCACGCGGGAACUAAAAGCACUUUGAUCGUCACUACCUCAAUGGAUGGAACACUUAAGAUUAACAAAGAUUACAAUUCGAAAUUUACUCCGCCUAGUUAAUUAAGCGUUUCGCGUAAUGCCAGCGAAAUUCCAAUCGACCGGCGCAGUUCACUACCAUACGUAUAUUAAGUGUAUUUAAUCGGGCACUAUAAUUAAUUAGUGACAAACAGCCAGACUGUUAAAUAUAAGAAAUAACUCGAAAAAAUGAAUAAAAUAUUCCAGGAUUUCAUUACUGGGCGAUUCCAGCUGACCACA